CGCGCCGCCGCCGGCCUCCGCCAGGCCGAAGGCACCGUCAUCUACCACGUGACGCACGCGCCCAGCCUGGAGCAGGGCUUGGUGCGCGAGUUCGUGCGCCACGUGCGCGCCUCGGUGCAGUGCCCGGCACGCCUGUUGACGCCGUUCAGCCUGGCGCUGGCGCUGGCGCUGCUGUGCGUGCCGCUGAAGGACCACCUGGUGCUGGCGCUGCGCAAGCUGCUGGUUAGCAAGCGGUGCGAGGCGCGCCAGACGGCCGUCUGCGAGCUGCUGCUGUGCCUGCGCCACUUCCGCGUGGCCAGCAGUCUGCCGUUCAGCCAGGCGUCGCAGAACUUCUCCUGCGCCAUGAGCCAGGUGGCGGCCGACCUGGGACCAGCGUUCCCCACCUCGGCCAAUGAGGCGCUCUGUCUGGAGCUGCUGGGCGUGCUGCGCCGCUGCCUGGGUCAGCAAGCGGCCGUGCGCGCCACGCUGUACGCCGGCCUGCACGAGGUGCUCAGUCGCAACCCGGAGCUGUCCGAGUCGGUGCUGGCCAUGCUGCUGCAGCAGCUGCGGCUGUACGUGGAGCAGCGCGCCGGUGCGCCGCCGCUGAAGCUGUCCGCCUGCCUGGAGGUGGGCGCCGAGGAGGUGACGCUGCUGGAGCCGCUGCCGGAGCUGAUAACGGCGCUGGCUGCCUGCGCGCGACGUCUGCUGGCCGCCGCCGCCGACGAGGAGACGGAGGACGAGGGUCCCGAGCUGCUGGCGGCCCGCGAGGCGGAGCGCGCGCUUGACGACAUCGCUAAGGACAUGAUGAAUGUCGAGGUGGACGACUUCGGCAUCGGGAAAGAGUCGGAGGUGGGCGGCGCGUCGGUGGACGGCAAGCGGAACGCCGUGCUGUUGCAUCUGCUGCAGGACGUGUACCAGGCGCUGCUGGACCACCGCUACCAGACGCCGUUUGAGCAGGAUGAGGCCAAGGCCACCGUCAUCACCUGCCUCUUCGAGAAGUACAGCGCCGUCGCCGACCUCGUCAAGCAAAAGGCGCCGGCCAAGGGCAAGAAGAAGGACGCCGAGCGCGCAAAGCCGGCGACGGGCAAAUCGCGCGCGCGCGACCCGGCGCUGGACCCGCUGUGCCUGAGCUUGCGCUCGGUGACGCGGCUGCUCUCGGCGCUGACCGCCGACGCCGACCCUGCGCACCACGUGGCGCUGGAGCGGCUGCGCGGUCAGCCUGCGCUCGUGUGCCACGCGGCCGAGGCGGCGCCCGACCAGCACGAGGACCUGCUGGGCUGGAGCCAGCAGCUGCUGCGCCAGCCGCCGGAUGACGAGCCGCAGUUCUGCCGUCAGCUGGUGGAGCUGGCGCUGGCUCUGAGCGACCGCUGCUCGGCGCACUCGUCGCUGGCGCGCCAGCUGGCGCGUGCCGUGCACGAGCGACUGGGCGACUUGGACGAGGAGACGCGGCUGGCCGCCUCCGAGGUGGCGCUCGACGCCGUCUCCGAGCGCAGCGGCGAGCUGGUGCAGGCGGCCGUGCCGCUGGGGCCCGCCUCCGACGCCGUGCUCCGGCUGCUGGGCCGGGCCUACGUCAGUUUGGCCGCGCUCGUCAAGUACUACGCCGCCCGCAGCCGCCACGGCCGGCUCAAUCGGCACACCAUGUGCGCCAAAUUCGAACGCGUGCUGGAGGGGUGCGGCCGCUCCCUGACGCCGCACGUCUACACCUUCAUCACGUUCACCGAGUCGCAGCAGCGGCAGCAGCGCCAGGCGAAGCGGGCCGAUCCGGCCGGCACGCGGGCGCGCGUGCUGCGCCAGACGCGUCUCAUCCCCGUGCUCGUCUGCAACAUCGAACAGUUCGAGAAGCACCUGAUCGCUCUAGCGCAGCGCACCAAGCUGGACCUCCACGCCGGCGUUAAGCUCAGCACGUCGCGCGACUUCCGCAUCAACCAGGCGGCGCUGCAGGCGGCGCUGGAGCGCGCCGCCAGCUCGGACAAGGCCUCGAAGCUGUCGCGCACCUCCAAGCCGGCCGCCAAGAAACCGAAGGUGGAGAAGUGA